GCAGUACCGCCAGCAAUCGCCUAGCGAACAGCCAGCGGUCGACACAUAGCAGCCCCCUAGCUCUGCAGCUGAUAAGGCCACCUUCCAAACAACGCAGUUUGUGUAAACAAUCGAAUUGUCGCAGCCAUAUCGAGUGUGCUUACAAGUUCAGCGGAAAGUUUUUCGAACACCACUUGAGGACAAACAAAUCAAUCAACAAAGAUGUCUGCUUCGCCGACCGCCCGUCAAGCCAUCACCCAGGCCCUGCCCGUGAUGACCAGGAAGAUUGUCAUCUCGGACCCCAUCCAGAUGCCCGAGGUGUACUCCUCCACGCCCGGAGGAACCCUGUACUCCACCACUCCCGGAGGCACCAAGCUGAUCUACGAGCGGGCCUUCAUGAAGAAUCUCCGGGGCUCCCCGCUGAGCCAGACGCCGCCGCCCAACGUGCCCAGUUGCCUGCUGAGGGGCACUCCCCGCACUCCCUUCCGCAAGUGCGUGCCCGUGCCAACGGAACUGGUCAAGAAGACGAAGUCCCUGAAGAUCGAGGAUCAGGAGCAGUUCCAGCUGGACCUGUAGGCGGCAGGCUCGAAGGGCCUCCAAGCAGCAACUGCCAAAAUCAUUAGUCAAUAGAUACACCCACUGCAACCGAUCUUGUAAGCUUAGUGUGCAUCGCUUUAGCCAUACCCAUUAACUAGCUGCUAAGUCCUUAGUUCUUCCACAUUGUUUCGUUCUUUCGGUCAUAUUGACUUUGUAUCUUGUAGAACUCUAGGUGUUAAGUGAAAAGCAAUAAAAAAAACACACUAUUUAAAAGGAAA